GUUGCUCAGGGAAUUCAAACUGCUUCUCCCAGCUUAUAUACAAAAUCCAAAGUAGCAAAAGUGAAUAAAUGAUAAUUGCAUAAAGAAGAUCCAAUGUAUUAACUGUACCAACACCCCUAAUGCUUUCAAUAAUGGAAUCCUAUUUCAUUUUUCCCCAUAUUUACAACAUAACCCCUCUAUCUCUCUCUCUCUACAUUUUAUUCAUACUCAUAGCAUCAUUUUAGUGUUUCUUCUAUGGUCUCAUCUUCUCAUUUUCAAACUUUUUACCUCAAAACUUGAUAUCAAUACAUUUCCUCUGUCUCUCUCCAUGUAUGUAUGUAUGUGUGCAUUUUGUUUUGUUCUCACAGUAGCAUUGUCCGCUUAGUUCAGGUUCAUGGUUAUGUUGUCAAGGACUGUGGUGGAAAGGAUGGACAAUCAGCUACCACCACUAGUGGAGGGGCCGCCUAUGAUGGCGGAGCCAAGCCACUCUACCAACCGGUCAAUUGAGACACUGGUGGUUGUGUUGGCGGUGAUCACCAUCGUGGGUGUGAUUGCAGGGAUCAUUGCUCGUCUGUGUGGUGGACGACAUUUUGGUGGCAAUGGGGAACAUGACAUAGAAGGAUGGGUAGAAAGAAAGUGCCGGAGCUGCAUCGAUGGCGGUGUUCCGGCUGCGCCGCCACCGGAGCAACCAAAGCCAGCAACAGAGGAAGCAAAGAAGUGAGAACAGAUAGAAAGAGAUUAUAACCUAUGAAGUACUAUUAACAGGUCACCACGUUCAGUUACUAUAUUCGGUGUAGGAUUUUUUUAGAUGUUACUCUGUCUUCCCCUAUUUCCUUCCUGAAUGAACAUUUCUUUUGUGAAUUGUUAGUGUGGUUGAUAUGAUAAAGCUUAACUCCUUAGCAAUGCAUAGAAAUUACU